UUUGGUUAUUGUUUUUAAAUUUUGGAUGUAACUUUUUGUUAAUUGCUGAAAUAAAAAAUUUGACAUGCAUUUUAAGCAAAUAGCAAAUCAUCUUCUACGUAAUUGUAUGUAUAUCAUAUGAAUUUAAAGUAUGUGAAGUAUCAAUAUAAAUAUUUUAUAUAAAAUGAAAGAUGUUAAACAUACGUUAAUGGAGUUAAAAUUAAGGGUUUAUUUCACGAGAUUUUUAGUUGAAGGUUUAUUUUUACGAUAUAUUUCUAUUACGAGUUUUGAAGCCCAUAUAAAAAUAGGUCAAAUAAAUUUGUAACCGACGAAUAAGCUGAUGGGCCAAAGUGCAAAGCCCAACACCAACCGACAUGUAUGAUGGCAAAACCGUAACCGACUUUAACUUGCUGCAUCUCGGCCGUUCAUUCGACUUCCUUCACCUCUAUUUAAGAAUCAAAACCUCUUCAUAUUUUACGGCGUUUCAGACAAAAAGAAGCUAUCUCCAGCUUUUUAUUCUUCUAAUUUUAAUGUUUAUUCUAAACUUUUGAUGCUGACAAAGAAAAUUCGACAACCCAAUUAAAUAAACUGAGAAAAUUCUUACGAAAUAUACUUGUCUACUGAUUUGAUUUGCUUUGGUUCCAAGUAUUUUCGAAAUUUAGGGUUUAUUUUCAAUAAGGCAAUCUCGGUUAAGUGUUUGCGUCUGUUUUGUUGUGUCUAAGAUGAUGAAUACACAACUUCCUCCACCGUCGCUGAUGAUUAAGUCUCAGAUUAUGAGUCAGAGCUUGAAUAUUCAUUGGAGUAUGGCUAUGAACAAGCAACAACAAGUGAUAAACCUGGCUCAAUCUCAAUCUCAGCCUCUAAUGGUGAAUUUCCCAAACUUUAGCCUUAACCCUAAUUCGGUAAACCAUAGUAACUAUGGGAAGCAGCGACAUGGUUCAUGUUCAGGUUGUUACAAGCCUCGGGCUUUGAAUAAGCUUCAGUCUAACAGGAAGUUAUACCUAAAGAACAAAUAUGGUAAUAGAUAUGUUCCUUAUGCUCCACGGAACACAAGCUCUUUUAUUAUCCGGGGAAAGAAAUCUGGUGGCAUUGCUGAUUCAGUGUCUCCAUCCCUUGUAACGCCGUCGGUGUUGCCUUCUCCGGUGUUCUCUCCAUCGGUAGAGGUUUUGGGCAAUAUGGUGAAGGAGGAAUGGGGAGUUGAUGUGUAUGGAUCAAUGGAGGGGUUGGUUAGGCUGAGAUCUGAUGGUAUUCAUGAAUUAGAACCGUUUGAUGAAGAUGAAGGAGGGUCGUGUAAGAGUGAUGUGGAGGAGCAUGCAGAGGUUGAGACGAGACUAGACAAGGACUUGAGCCAAGUUGAGAUGGUAUGUCCGAAUGAUGGUGCUAGGUUUGAGUAUAACAAUGACUUGGAAAACAGAGUUGAUGAUCAGAAUAAGCAUAUUGCUCAACUAGAGGAAGAGAACUUAACUGUAAAGGAGAGGUUGUUGUUGAUGGAGAGGGGGUUUGGUGAUUUUAUGAGAAGGUUAGAGUGUCUUGAAAGGGGGAAUAUGGUUGUUGGUGAAAAUGGUAAUGGGAAGGUUGUAGAGAAUGAGUCUGUAAGGGAGAGUAAAACUCAUAGCUCUGGUGCCUCUCCUAGUGGGGAGGCAAGGAAAACCUAUUUGGCUGCUGAAGAUGUUUGUAUGCAGGAUAUGGUGAGGGACGAGGCUACAGGGAAUGAAAUCAACAAUGCUGACAAGGGCAAGGUAGGUGAAGCAAAGAGUCUAAACAGGCAAGAAAUUGAGGAUGAAGCUGAAAAGAAUUCUGCAGGACAGCAUCGUGAAGGGGCCAAUUCUGAUGUGGUUGGGAACUAGGGAAUGCGUAUAUGAUAUUUUCGCCAGGCACUAUGAUUAGAUGUUUUUCUCCUAUGAUUUAGAUUCUCACUUUUAUCAAGUUUUUCUUACUUAUUUCUUUAUUUGGGUUUUGCAAACUGUAACUGGAAUCCGAUUUUGACCCAUAUAUGCUUUUUGGGUUUAACUAAUAAUUUCUUUGAUUUAGAAAAAAAUGUGCCAUAUUUAAAAGUAAAAUUUUGCAAUAUUAAAUUUGAUCUAUAGGGCUGAAUAAAAAACCCGAAUCCGAAGAACCAAACCAUAUCCGAUCCGAAAAAGUAGAACUGAAUCUUAAUCGAACUUGGUUAAAUAUCUGAACGAGUUUGCAAUUUAAGUAACUAGCGAACCGAAACUGAAUCUGACAUGAACCUAAGUAUUGUGGGUAUCCAAAUGUAUCUGAAAUAGGUUUACAUACUUAAAUGUAUUAAUUGUUUUUAAAUUUAAUAAAUAAAAAUAUCUAAACAUGUAAGAUAUUUUGAAGUUGUCUAAAAGUAAAUGUAAAAAAUAGCUAAACAACACUCAGAACACUAAAAAUACUUGAAAUAUCUGUUAAUUCACUAUCUAAAUAUUCAAGCUAAACCAAUUUAUAUGUAAAUUUUAAGUAUUUUGCAUAUAUUAUUCUAUUUUAUAUAUAAUAUAUUAUUUUAUCUUUAAAUAUAAAGUAUAUAUGAAUUUUAAAUUUUAAAAAUAGUUUAAAUGGAUUAUUCGUAUCCAAAUCGAACCUAAAAAGAUCCGAACCGACCCCAAACUGAAAUUUAUAAAUACUCAAAUGAGCCUGAAAUUUUUAUGGUUAAUUGACUUCUUGUAUCGACCUUAUACAGUUUAAUUAUAAUACAAAUAUGUUGUUCAAAAAAAAGAU